CAAUUGCACUUUACUUAACUGGACCUUUAUUGUUUACUACUUGUGUUGCUUGGAAUUUCCCUGACAGCUCUGCUCGUAACGAGGAGUGGGUGUUAACUUUGAAAGGUUUAGCAGGAAUUGUUGUUGUUGCAUUGCUUGUUAUUGACUCUGUGUGACACUCGGCUGCAGAGGAUGUACGCAGCACCUCUGGUAAUGGGAUCAUAUUUUUAGCCGCCGGGAGGAAAUUUGGCGCUGGAUCAAACUGUUUUUAAACUCACUCACGGUCUCUCCUCACUUCUGCCCUCAUGUCAGCGGAGAGUGAAGUAUUUCUGCUUUGGUUGAAAUAGUCUGAUAGUCUAUAUGAGGAGCUCACAGGGCACUUUUUGUUAAUCAAAGUGAACUCAUGGUUUUUAAGGAGAUUUUGUCAUUCUAAAUAUUCGUUUUCAAGAUUCUAGCAGUUGUGUUUUAAAUCUGUGGUGACUGUCCACGCUGGUUGGAGAGGUACUUUAUCGCAGGCAGUAAUUCAAUCUUCAUACUGCAGAUCUUUAAAUAUCUCCCUGGAAAACCUCCCAGCAGCCACGUGGUGUAAGGUGAGACAUUUCCAGCCUGGUACACUCACCAGUCUGACACGAUCAGUGUGAGAGCAUGACCAGUCUGCUCUGCAAUCUGCCCACUUCACACCUCUGAUUUGACUUUUCUUUAGCUUAUACUGAACUUUAAAGGAGUGACUACAAGAGACUGGAGGGGAUUUCUGUGGUGAGUCCCCAAAGCCGAUUGUUUUCCUUUCUCUUGUGUUUUGAACCAGUAUGCUCUCUUCUUUUUUUGGCCGGUCUACCCUGAGCACCUUGCAGUGAAUGGAGAACAUACUGGUUCUGCUCCCGAAGCACCGACAGGAACACGGGCUCUGCAGACGCACGGCUGCAUGUGCCUUGCUGCAGGUUUUUUCCUCCAGAGCAGUUUUCUCCUGGUCUUUAGUAGCGACUCACACUCCCUGUAAGCCUCUUUAAUGGGAUAAAUCAAUUGGACUGAUCAGGUUUAAAACCAGAUCAGGUGGUCAAUUCCAUUCUGACUUCCCCAAAACUCGAAGGCUAAGACCUUUUCUUGUCAAGCCCACUGUCUUCCAAAGGCUUCCGCAUGGUACUUUGGUCGAAAGAACUAGACAAAGUCCCUGACAUCGACAUGUCCUCCGGGGCCAUUGAGGUGAAGAAGGAGGGAGGCCCCCCGGCUCCGGCCCUACUCAACUCCAACUGCUCCGCUCCUCCGCUGAUCCUCACCAAGGGUCCUGAGGAGGUGAUCCCUGGCCCUGGGGGCGAGUUUGAGCUCACAGAGGUCACAUCGUUCACAGAGAGGGCCGGUGAGACCGGGGAGGAUGAGGAGAGGGCGGAGAUCGUGGUGGCCAUGGACUGCCGGGCCAACGCCAAAGGUCAGCGGGAAGAGGACGCUCUCCUGGAGAACGCAAGCCAGAGCAACGAGAGCGACGACACCAGCACCGACCAGAGCCCAGAGCCACCGGCCCCCCUCAAGGAGACCUCCUUCUCCAUUGGUCUGCAGGUGGUCUUUCCCUUCCUGCUGGCCGGGUUCGGGACAGUGGCAGCUGGAAUGGUGCUAGACAUCGUCCAGCACUGGACGGUGUUUACCGAGGUGUCAGAGGUGUUCAUCCUGGUUCCAGCACUGCUGGGGCUCAAAGGCAACCUGGAGAUGACGCUGGCCUCCAGACUCUCCACAGCGGCUAACAUUGGUCAGAUGGACACAGCCAAGAACAUGUGGAAGAUGAUCAUGGGGAACUUGGCUCUCAUCCAGGUCCAGGCCACAGUGGUGGGAUUCCUGGCCUCCAUAGCUGCUGUGAUCUUCGGCUGGAUCCCAGAGGGACACUUCAGGUUGGGCCACGCAGUGCUGCUGUGUGCCUCCAGCGUGGCUACUGCCUUCAUCGCCUCUCUGCUGCUAGGGCUCAUCAUGAUCGGUGUGAUCAUUGCGUCCAGGAAAGUCGGCAUCAACCCUGACAACGUGGCCACACCCAUCGCUGCUAGCCUGGGAGACCUGAUCACCCUGUCCCUGCUGGCAGGCAUCUCAACUGGACUGUACAAGGAACUAGAGUUCAAUGACUAUGCCAACCCACUGGUGUGUGCGGUGUUUGUGGCGUUGUGCCCCCUAUGGGUGCUGAUAGCCAGGAGGAUCCCAUCCACCAGAGAACUCCUCUACUCCGGUUGGGAGCCAGUCAUCAUCGCCAUGGCCAUCAGCAGUGUUGGUGGUUUGAUCCUCGACAAGACAGUCACCAACCCAAACUUUGCUGGCAUGGCUGUCUUCACUCCGGUCAUCAACGGUGUGGGAGGUAACCUGGUUGCCGUUCAGGCCAGUCGAAUCUCCACCUAUCUGCACAUGAACGGUCUACCCAUGGGGGAUCCCAACCCCACCCCCAGGAAGUGCCCCACACCCUGCACCUCCUUCUUCGGCUCCUCUGUGAACUCUCGUUCAGCCCGUGUGCUCUUCCUCCUGGUCGCCCCGGGUCACCUCGUCUUCCUCUACACCAUCAACUCCCUGAGGGGGGGACACACCACCCUGACAGCUGUCUUCAUUACCUUCUACCUGGCUGCUGCACUACUACAGGUGAUAAUCCUUCUCUACCUGGCAGACUGGAUGGUGCACUGGAUGUGGGGCCGAGGCAUGGACCCCGACAACUUCUCCAUCCCCUACCUGACGGCUCUGGGUGACCUGCUGGGGACCGGCUUCCUCGCCCUCUGCUUCCACAUGCGCUGGUUUAUUGGGGACAGGGACGCUAACUCGGGCAACUGAAUGCAUGCAGACACGCACAAAAAAAGACAAAAAAAAAGUCAUAUACUCUACGCUUGCGUGCACGGACAGCGAUAAACAUCACCCGUAUGCGUGAACAUUAUCAGCAAGUGGACAUUGUCUACUAUAAAAGGGCUAAUCUCCUGAAGGGCUCUGAUUGAUGGUAUAGCACUUGUAGGACACUGAUGCACCUCAGCAGCCACCCAGAAGCCUGACAGUAUCAGCUUGUUUCAGCUUAGAAACACUGGAAACAUAUCAAGCAGUGAACACAACUCCACCUGAUGGACCCCGCCCCACAAACUACACUACUCCUCCCAUAUUUGACCUAAUAACUCAGUCCUACUACUUUUGUUAUUAUUUUACUAUUGAAAAUGAUUCUUAUUUUUGGUAAAUAAUGCAUUUGAUAUGAAUGGAUGUGUGCAGGGCCAGUCCUCAUUAUUUUCAAUGGGGACGUUAGCCCUCCCGUUUUUAAAGAUCACAUUUUAACACUUGAAACAGCAAAAAAUACAUCCAAACGAGCCUAGAAUGCUUAAUCACCAAGUGCUUAGUCUUAUAUACAGAAUGAAUAUUAAUGCAUAUGUGUCUCAUUUCUGAUUCAGUGCAUAGGGCUAGCGGUUCUCUCUGUUUUAAAACUGGCCCGGUGACAGCAGGAAGCAGGAUUGGGGGGGUUUACUACAGGGGACUGGACCACAAACGUAACAAGCUAAAUCCCUUUUGGCUCCCAUCAGCGAAUGGCUUAAUUUGAGUGAAACAGGAACAGAAAAUCAUCUAAUUCCCACGCUUACUUCCCCUCACUUCUGGCCUGGAGAAUUAGGAAUAUCAGAUCUGAGGUCAGAUCACAACCCAACUUAUGUCAGCCACUACAGGAGGGGAUUUACCUCUCACUUGUUAACCGUUUAAAAUCAACUCAUUAAUACCUAUUUAAAAAAUUCUGUUUAUGAGGAGCUCACACACACUCUAGUCUCUAUUUUAUUCCACACACUGCUCCAUUUUUUGGUCAAACCUUCUAAAAAACUGCCAUUAUGAAACACCCUGAUUAAGAUUCUUCUUUGAGCGCAGGAACAGUGGGAAAUAGCACGUGGAAAAUGGCCAGAAAAGUGUCAGUUAGGAAUGUGUCAGUACACCUUACACACAAACACACAGCUCACUGUUGGCUGCUGCUCACUGUGGGUUAUUAUGUGAUGCUGAGAGGUCGGAGAGGUGUUGUUUUGCUGUGUGAGCUGCUCCAGGUGACGGUAGCAUCAGUCCCCCUGUCUGACACCAUCUGCCAACUCUCUACUGGAGCAGGAGAGUUGUUGUUGUUGUUGUUGUGUUGCCCAAGCAAGGCUUAUAGUAAGUGACAAGAGGCUCAACAUGCUGCAACACACUGGAAACCCUGCAGAGCUCAUCAUGUUCACACAUGGUAGAGUGUGAAAGUGUGUUGCCUUAUCCAGGAUGAUCUCACUCAAGUUCAGCUGUCUGAUAGCACACGGCAGGUUCUGAAAGCUGAUAUUUUGUGUGGACAUUGGAUUUUUUUUUUUAAUAUGACAAUUGUAAUUCCCAAAAAGCAUUCAGACAGUCUAAUGAUUUGUGGGAAUCAACAAAGGAACUGAAUCUUACCAAUCAAAGACAGCCCAGUGAAGUUGUUUGAGGAGGGUUAACUGUCAGGUCAGUGGCUACAGGACGUUUGUAGUAUUGUUCUUGGUAUGUGUUUUCAUUCUGCAGCCUCUAGAUUCAGAUUCACCCAACGAUCAGUUUUUAAAGUUGUCCAAGGGCCCAGUCAAACUAGAGCUGAUUAGGGCUGGGCGAUAUGGUUUUAGUUUUG